AAAUGUCAUUAAUUUAGAUCACAAAAAAGUUUUCUUUUUUUUUUUUUUGCCUGCCAACUGUUUGUGAUUUUGUCUCAGAGAAAUGUGGAAGGAGUUGACCUUUAUUGUAUAGUCAAAAUGUUCUGUACAAGAUCCAUUUUUAAAAUGUUGUGAAGAUUUUAAUUUGAAUGUCAAAAAAAUUUACAUCUCACCUCCCAUGUACCCCGCACUGGAGUGAUUGGGUAUAAUCGUCAAAAUUUAGGUUUUGAAUUCACGUUUUUGUGGUCGAACUCGAAAAAGUAUGGAAAAGUGAUAGUCAUUGUGUUGUUUUGAGUAGUUAAAUGGCUGCAAAGUAUUUGCAUUCAUUGGCAGAUGAAAAUCAAGAUUUACAGAAGCAGUUAGGAUGCAUGACUGGUGUGUUUCAUAUCUUUAACCGAAACAAUAUUGUAUCCGGAAGACGUGCCAUUGGCCCCAGCCCGAAAAAGGGCCUUCAUGGCAGCUCACUUUUCAACAAUCGGACACCAGAUAGAGAGUCAAGUGUUAUCUACCAUAGAAGCCCCAUUUUGGAAAGACAUAGGGUAUCUACCGAAUCAUCUAAAGUCUCUUUCUCCUCAUCGUCUCCUCCGUCACCCUUCCCCUAUGAGAAUUAUAAGAUUGAUACAGGGACUCGUCAAGAACGCGAGGAAUCAAACUCCUCUGGGAAAAUGAACCCUCAAAAUCUGGACCUUAGAGAUGUGGUCAAAGACUCAAUGCAUAGAGAAGCCCGUGGGUUAUCACAUAAAACUAUUAUGAAGGAGUCAGAUGAAUGGUAUUUUGAUGAGCCUAGAGAACUGUCGAGAUCAAAAUCUUGCCAUAUUAAUGACGUGUUACCAAUUUCAGUUUCCAAAGAUUACCCACGGUUCUCUUAUGAUGGGAGGGAAAGCGACCGUUUGUCCAACAAAUCAGACUCCAAAACAACCAGCUCAAAGAAGCUUAAAGAACCACCAAGGCUUUCUUUAGAUAGUAGGGAACGAUCCAUACGUACUCUUAGCUUCAUUUCACUUGUACCCAUAAAAUCGCCUGAGUCAAAAUCUAACCUUUCAAGAAACCCUGUUGGCAUCGAUGACCAGAAGGAUCUUACUCGGACACGGCCACCAAGUGUUGUAGCUAAAUUGAUGGGUUUAGAAACUUAUCCUAAUUCUGCCUCCAAUAGCAACAAAGAGUUGGUCGUUGACCCAAAUUCAUUGUCAAAAGGUUCAAGUGUCCCUGAUUUUUGUGGGUCGACCACUAAAAUGUCAAAUUCCACUAGGACCUCAUUGAGAGAACCAACGUCUCCGUGCUGGAAAAAUUCGGACAUGAAGCCAAUUUCUAGAGUACCCAUUGAAGCAGCACCAUGGAAGCAACGGGAUGGAGCUCGUGCUAUUGCAUCAUCAACCAAGAUACAGAUCCCCACCUCUUCUGUUUACAGUGAAGUGGAUAAAAGAUUGAAAAAUCUUGAAUUUGCACAGUCUGGAAAGGAUCUUAGAGCUCUUAAACAAAUAUUAGAGGCAAUGCAGGCUGUUGAAGCUAGAAAAGAAGAGAGACAGGAGACAGCGGAAACAUCUUUGGAGCAUAAUCAUCGAAAUGUGCCAUCUGAUGUUUCAAAGGCUCACGGGUCCCAUAUUGUCAUUAUGAAACCCACUAAGCUUGUUGGAAAGGGUUUUGCAAACAAUAAAACAGGUAAAGACGUGAUUACCGAGAGGCGAUCUCGCCUGGCCACAUCUUAUAUAGAUUCGGCCACAUCUUAUACAGAUUCUAGUAAACCAAGAAAGCAGUCAAAUAAGCACCAUUCAGAGUCUAAGUUAACUAGGAGGAGGAAACAGCCUUCAAAUAUCCAGCAAAGCGAUCGAAUUAUGAGAAAAGUUGAUGAUGGUAGAGCGUUGAAGAUGGAUACAGCGGUUAAUGCAUCUGAAUCUUCCGAAGAAACUAAUAGUAGGCAGAGUUCUAGCUCAACACCAGAGAAAUCAACCUUGCUCGUGAAGAUAGGUGAACCGCUCACUCCAGAAUAUCCAAGUCCAGUCUCGGUUCUUGAUGAUUCAGUUUAUAUGGAGAAAUCACCUUCACCUGUGAAACCUACACCAAAUCACCAAAAAGAUAAUGUUACUCAAAACCCUGCUGAUAUAAUUGUUAAAGAUGGAUACAAAGCAACAAACAAUGUUUUACCAAACAGGAUCAUCUCAGGGGUUUCAUCUCAGAUCGAUAAUGAAAGGCUGAAGAAAGUUCAGGAUUUGGUUCAAAAACUCAAGAGACUCAAUACCAACGACGAUGAAACUCACACAAAUCACAUUGCAUUUCUCUGUGAAAACACGAACUCUACUGACAAAUACAUCUCAGAAAUCUUAUUAGCUUCAGGGCUCCUCCUUAGAGACCUUGAAUCUUUUAAAUUUCAUUCAUCUAGUCAUCCAAUUAACCCCGAGCUAUUUUUAGUCAUGGAACAUAUCAAAUUCAGCAACCUGCAACAAGGAAAAUUUCACAGGAAGCUAAUAUUUGAUGCUGUUAAUGAAAGUCUCGUGGGAAAAUUAAGUUCACCUUCUAAAUUGAUGCAGAAUCCUAGAAAGCUUUUAAAAGAGAUAUGUUUGGAGAUAGAACAGUUGCAUGGGUGUACAAAAAGAGAAAGUAGUGGCCUAGAAGAGGAGGGUGAUGAUUUAAUAAAAAUCUUGAGUGAAGAUGUGCUGAAAAACUCAGAUAUAUGGACAGGCGUAUAUGGUGAAAGUUCGGCGAUCUCAGUGGAGGUUGAGCGUUUGAUCUUUAGAGAUUUGGUUUAUGAACUUGUUAUGAGUGAGGCUUAUGAUGGUAAGCUAGGAAUGCCCGGUAUAUUCUGUUAAGUGUAGUUAUUGAAGUUAUUCUUACUGCUCCGACUGCCCGGGCUCCAGUGAGUUUUACGGGCAAAGUUCACUUAAUUUUUAACAAAAUCUCCAGUCACCCAUGACUGUGGAUUGGUUUUAAUAUAUUAGCAUAGAUAGAGACUUGUGACCAUAUAUUAGUUUUUCUCCUAACUUAAUUGGAAUAGUUGGUUAGGGUGUGUAAAUUAGUGGUUCCAAGUUCAAACUAUUGUAACUAGUGAACUGAACUACCUGACUAGGCGUAUUUGGUUUCGGUUUAAGGAUUUUUGGAAAAUCGGUUCUUGGUCCGUUUGGUUCUAUUCCGGUUUCACUAGAGACAAAAAGAUGUAUAGAACUAUUUAUUUAUGAAAUGUUAUUUAUGUUUUUCUACAA